GCCACGUCCGUGUCAGCACGCGUGAUUUAUUCACAUUACCAAUAACAACAACAAGCAGCUGUUUGACAGAGACGACGCCAACAGGACGCUUGGGAUACCCGGAGGAAGACGUUAUGGGGGGACACACGGCGGCAUUUUUUCUCUUAAUUGCGGCGACCUUGACACUCUCAUCCGAGGUGCCUGCUGAUGACUCGGUGGGUUUGCUAACCGAGCCGCAGGUGGCCAUGUUUUGCGGCAAGCUCAACAUGCACAUCAAUGUGCAGACUGGCAGGUGGGAGUCGGAUCCCUCUGGCUCUAAGAGCUGCGUCGGCACCAAGGAGGGCAUCCUGCAGUACUGCCAAGAGGUGUACCCAGAGCUUCAGGUCACCAACGUGGUGGAGGCCAACCAACCCGUCAGCAUCCAGAACUGGUGCAAGAAAGGCCGCAAGCAAUGCCGCAGUCACCCACUCAUUGUGGUGCCUUACCGCUGCUUGGUCGGGGAGUUUGUGAGCGACGCCCUUUUGGUUCCGGAUAAGUGUAAGUUCCUGCACAAGGAGCGUAUGGACCAGUGUGAGAGCCAUCUGCAUUGGCACACUUUUGCCAAAGAGUCUUGCGCGGACCGCUCCACGAAUCUCCAUGACUACGGGAUGCUAUGGCCGUGUGACAUCGACCGUUUCCGAGGUGUGGAAUUUGUGUGCUGCCCGGCUGAGGCCGAGCAGGAGUCGGAUAGCGCGGCGCUGGACGGGGAAGAGUCGGACGUGUGGUGGGGCGGAUCUGAGCCUAACGAGAACAACGACAACAGCAUGACUCAGCAUGUCGACACGGAGCCCACUGCUGCAGAAGAUGACGAGGAGGAGGAGGAUGAUGAAGAUACUUUUGAAAGGGAUGGCGAAGACGAGGAUGAGGAGGAGGAGGAGGAAGAAGAAGAAGACGACGACAUGACCAAUGAGCGAGAUAGCGAUGAGCGCAAUGCGAACGUUGCCAUGACAACAACUACCACCACUGAAUCCAUUGAGGAGGUCGUCAGAGCCGUUUGUUGGUCACGUGCCGCAAAAGGCACGUGUGGUGCCAAGCUGGAGCGUUGGCACUUCGUGCCCAAAACGGGACGCUGUGCCCCCUUCUUGUUUGGGGGCUGCGGGGGCAACAGGAAUAACUUUGAUUCCGAGGAAUACUGCUUAGCCGUCUGCAGCAGCUCCUUACCCACUAUGAUGCCCAGUGCUCCUGACGCUGUGGAUCAAUACCUGGAGUCUCCCGGCGACGACAGCGAGCACGGCGACUUCCAGAAAGCCAAGGAAAGCCUGGAGGCCAAGCACAGGGAGAAGAUGUCGCAGGUGAUGAGGGAGUGGGAGGAGGCUGAGAGGAAGGCUAAAAACCUGCCACGUGCUGACAAGAAAGCAGUCAUUCAGCACUUCCAGGAUAAGGUGGAGGCUCUGGAGCACGAGGCUGCCGGAGAGAGGCAGCAGCUGGUGGAGACCCACAUGGCCCGCGUGGAAGCUCUGGUCAACAGCCGUCGACGCAUGGCUCUGGAAAAUUACCUCAGCGCACUGCAGGGAAACCCUCCACGGCCUCGUCAGGUGCUGAGCCUGCUGAAGAAGUACGUCCGGGCCGAGCAGAAGGACCGUCAGCACACAGUCAAACAUUACGAGCACGUUCGAACGGUCGACCCCAAGAAGGCUGCGCAGAUUCGGCCUCAGGUUUUGACCCACCUGCGUGUGAUUGACGAGAGGAUGAACCAGUCCCUGGGUUUGCUCUACAAAGUGCCCACUGUGGCCAACGAGAUACACAACCAAGUCUCUGUCAUCGUGCAGAGAGUCCAGUCCGAGCUGUCUCAGCAAGUCUCUUCCUUGCAGAGUGACACCAGGGUGGACAGGAUGAGCUACGGGAACGACGCCCUCAUGCCCGACCAGGCCUACAGCUUCGCUCCUAUGGACCCAGGCCUCGACAGGCUGGGCUUCAUCCACCCUGAGAGCUUCAACCAGCCCAACACUGAGAACCACGUUGAGCCUGUCGAUGCUCGCCCAGUUCCAGAUAGAGGACUACCCACACACCCUGGGUCUGCCCUGAAGCCAGAAGAGAUGCCCCAAGUGCGACUUGAGACCAAGGAGAGGCAAAGUGCUGGCUAUGAAGUCCACCAUCAAAAACUGGUAUUUUUUGCUGAGGAUGUGGGCUCCAAUAAAGGUGCCAUCAUCGGGCUGAUGGUGGGAGGCGUUGUCAUAGCGACCGUCAUUGUCAUCACCCUGGUGAUGCUGAGGAAGAAGCAAUACACUUCUAUUCAUCACGGCGUCAUCGAGGUGGACGCGGCAGUGACACCAGAGGAGCGUCACCUGGCCAAGAUGCAGCAGAACGGCUACGAGAACCCCACCUACAAAUUCUUCGAGCAGAUCCACAACUAAACAAAAACCAACCACCCCGCAGGCUCUGUUCCUGUCUUGCUCCUCUCCACCCUUCUGUUUGUUUUUAAACGUUUGACCUGGAUGACUCGCCGUGGUUUUAAAGUGAAAGAGCUGCGGGACAGAGCCGUGCGGAUCCCCCAGUUGCACAACGUAUACUAACACUAAUUUCGGCAGACAAGGGUUACUCCGCGUCACCUGCACAUUUUAGCCACACCUGAACCCUUGCACAACUCCUUGACUGACUAUAGAUAUACAGUAUAUAUAGAGAGAAAGAAAUAUAUGAAGAAAAUCGUGUCAUUACAGCACUAUACGCUAAAUAUUUCAACAUUGUUAAAAAAAUGAAAGAAAAACUAACAUAAGAAUGAAUACUGGCGUUUUUUUUUUCAAGUGUAACAUAUGAAGAAGGCUGUUAAGUCGAUGUCGUGCACGGCGGAUACAGUUAGCGUACAAGAAGUCUGAGAUCAGGGGCGUCCAACGUUGUGAUGAACUGAAGUACUGCUACCUCGGGUUUCAUUAUCAGGCUGCUCCUGGACACCCUAUCGUAUGAAAAGCCAAGCUAUUUCUCACAUAGGAAAUCUGUUUUAGACACCCAAACAUAAGACUUUUUCAAAAGAAUAAUGAUCAUUUUACAGACGGACAAGACUUUUUCAAAAUAAUAAUUACCAAUUUACACAUGGACAAUACUUUUUCAAAAGAAUAAUGAUAAUCUUACACACGGACAAGACUUUUUCAAAAGAAUAAUGAUCAAUUUACACACGGACAAGACUUUUUCAAAAGAAUAAUGAUCAUUUUACAGACGGACAAGACUUUUUCGAAAUAAAAAUAAUCAAUUUACACACGGACAAUACUUUUUCAAAAGAAUAAUGAUCAUUUAACACACGGACAAGACUUUUUCAAAAUAAAAAUUAUCAAUUUAGACACGGACAAUACUUUUUCAAAAGAAUAAUGAUAAUUUUACAGACGGACAAGACUUUUUCAAAAUAAAAAUGAUCAUUUUACACACGGAAAACACUAGAAAAUGCAUAUGAAUAACGACCAAAAUGAAGAAAUUAGCAUUUAACAUCACUUUUGACAUUUUUACUGAGGACUCUUGACGGGAAUGAAGAAGCCCUUGGAUUGUAUGGCUAGACUUACUUAACAGUGCGGUGCGUUCAAUGACAAUGUGAAAACACGGUCUCUUGUUGACUUUGAUUAAACCACAACUUUUUUGGGGGGGGCUCUGUGGUGGCCUAUUUUGCAGCUGUGCUCAAUUAAAACAAGGGAGUCGUCAAUGCGGGUUUAACUACUAAAACCAGGAUAUAUUUUCGGUGAAAAUUUUCACCCUAAACCUCGGUGUCUAUUGAGAACCUAAUAUUUUGUGUCAAUGUUGACAAGCAUGAAAAUUCCGCACCACUGCCCUGAUGUAGGUAUUAUUUUUCUUAUUCCAGCCUUUCUUUGACGUUUUUUUCCUCCUACAUUUCUGAACCAAUUCAUAUUGAUGAAAGACCAACAUUUGCAGCUAAUUCCAAACUCGUUAAAGUUAGCAUGCUAACUUGUAUAGCUAAUUUUUGCUGGUAGACACCUCAGAGGCAUAGACUUUUUGGUACUUGAUGCAUGUUAGCUUCUUCAGUUAAUUUUGCAGGCACACACAUCAGUCAUAUAAUUUCAUACUCGACACAUGCUAACUGUUAGAAUGCUAAAAUGAGCAUGUUAACUUUUUUUCCAGCACAUUUCACAGUUACGGUAUACAUCUCAGAGUCAUAAUUUGAUAUUUUACACAAAUGCUAACUGUUAGCAUUUUCAGUUAAUUUUGCAGGCACACACAUAAGUCAUAUAAUUUAAUACUUGACUCAUGCUAACUGUUAGAAUGCUUAAAAGGAGCAUGUUAGCUUUUUUCCCCAGAAAACUUCACAAUUAUACAUCAGAGAGUCAUAAUUUGAUAUUUGACAGAUGCUAACUGUUAGCUUUUUCAGUUAAUUUUGCAGGCACACAUGUCAGUCAUAUAAUGUAUUACUUGACUCAUGCUAACUGUUAGAAUGCUAAAAUGAACAUGUUAGCUUUUUUCCAGAAAAUUUCAGUUAUACAUCCAAGAGUCAUAAUUUGAUAUUUGACACAUGCUAACUGUUAGCAUGUUAGCUUUUUUAAGCUAAUUUUGCAUAUAUUUGCCUAAGAGUCAUAUAAUUCGGUGCUUCAUGGAUGCUAACUGUUAGCACGCUAAUGUUGGAAUGCUAAUUUUUUCGCUUGUUUUGCUGAUAGGCGAUUUAGUGUGGUAUAUUUUGUCAAAUGUUGCUAUCUGGCCACCGUGCUACCAAUCCAUGUUGGGCUUUUUAGCAUUUACACGCAAUUUCUUCCGACAUUCCAUAUUGUAGUUACUGAAUGAGUUGCUGGCGCCAGCAUUCUGCAUAAAUCACCUCGUUGUCAAAAUAAGGUGACAAAGAAAAUUUGCGCAAUAUCUAGUAAUAUAACUCCUUAAUAGUUUAAUCAUUGUAUUUUAUUUUACAAAUGUGCCGAGGGCCAACAAGCAAAGCACGAAAAAUGGUCUGCACUUUGGACCCCCCCUGUCUAGGACCUUUUGUCAGGAUUGUACAUUUCUAGUGUCUUCUUUGUGACCUUGCGUGAUAUAAGGAGGAAGAAAAAUACUCGCUUUAAACCGCUCUUUUAUUUUUGGUUUCUAAAAAGGUCUCCAUGCUUCACUGUUGCUUUAGCUGCAUGGGCAAAGAAUACAAAUACUCUAUGUAAUAUAUGACGUUGUAUUAGUAUCCGAAAGGAAGAUGAUUGUGUUAUACUGUUUGCGUUUUAUGCACUCCUGUCUUUUUUGUGUGGGGUAAGGGGGAAACAUCACCAAAAAAAUGGUUCGUUGUAAUGUUGACACAAUACAUUUUGGGCCAAUGGAGGGGGAGUAAAGUGAGAUAAUCAUUCCAGAUCAAUCUUUCCAUUGGCCGUUAUUGAUUGUUGGGGCCUCAGUGGCCCGUUUCACAUCUUUUAUCAUCAUUUAGUGAUAUUUCAGUGGAACCUCCAAAGAAUCAACCGAUUAUGAGAUACUUUCCCCCCCCCCCAUAAAACCUAAUAGUCAGUUCCAGGGUCAAACUGUGGUUAUGAAAAUUAAUGUUAUUAGAUGUCAUUAUAGUGUAAAAAUAAGUGAACCAUUGUAUAGUAAAACUAAGCGCGGUCAAAGAAAUACUCUCUUAUGGACAACUAUCAUGCAAGUUGGCCAUUGUGCUUCCAAGCUGCAUGGUAUAUUUGAUCACAGUAAUUAUUGACCCGAAUAUAAGACAACCCUGAAUAUUGACCAGGUCUUUUCAAGACUUCUUUCUUAAAUAACUGGAAGAUUGCAAUACAUAAUAAUUAAAAAAAGAUACAUUUUUAUAAAAAGUCGACAGUUGUAAUAUUGACAAGACGACUCAUCUGUUGGUUUGCAUGGUUUAUUCUUCAGACAUUGAAGAUAAGGCAACCUGUGCUUUCAGUUCCUUCAAGCCAAUUCUGUAAUUGUAUAGAUCAUGUCGAUUUUCUCAUUCUAUGGUUAUCGCCUAGCUUUGGAAGUUCCACUGGAUUAGGAUUUUUUUUUUUAUUUCCCCUUUCUGCGUUUUGUUUCUUCAUUCCAUUGUAAGUAAGCAAGCAUCCGCCAUCUUGUCCUCUCUGUCUUCAACACACAUAUCAUAUCACCACAUUGACAUGUGAAUUAAAGCUCUUAUUCAGGUAAAUGUUUCAUUCAAAAGAAAAAAAUAUAUAUUUCCCCCCAUUUCGCUGUGUAGUUAAAUGAAAUUUGCUUAAAAAAAAAGUUUCUACUUCCACAAUAUCAUGAAUAAAAUUUUGAAUGUAUAUACCUGGCA